AUGGAAAAAGGUGACCUCUCCAAAGCCGCAUACAGAGGCGCAAAACUCCCCUCUGUGCCCGAGGAUCUUGUGGUCUCUGGUGUUCUUGAUCUCGAAUGCGACGAGCGCCUCUGGGUCCCACAGGCCAAAGACGUCUGGUUCCGGCCGCUGUGUUUCAAUGUCUCGCACGGCUACUUUGUUAAUAUCCUUCGCGUGCGCAAGAGCGGCAUUCUCUCGAGGCACAGACACACCGGUCCUGUACAUGCAACGGUUCUGCGAGGACGCUGGCAUUAUCUCGAACACGAUUGGUGGGCUGAUGAAGGUGGUUACGCAUUUGAACCCCCUGGCGAUAUCCAUACACUUGAGGUGCCGGAGGGGGUAGAAGAGAUGGUCACAUUGUUCCAUGUAACGGGGGCUUAUAUUUACGUUGAUGUAGACGGGGUUGCAUUAGGGAUUGAAGACGUGUUUAGCAAGUUGCAGGCGGCGAGGAAACAUUACGAGCAGGUGGGAUUGGGCGCAGACUUUGCGGACCAGUUUGUACGGUAA